AUGGACUGGAAGGGUAAGUUAAAAUUUUUACAGUUCUGUUUGCUCAGAAAUAACAAAAAAAAAUUUCAUUUUAGCGCAUCUUAUGUGGAUAAUGAUGGUCAAUUGGAAAUUUUCAUGGAUCGGCUCAAAAAACGUCUACGCUUUGGUUGGUCAUGCAAUUGUGAAUCCAGACUCAACACACAUCACGCCUUUUACGCCUUUCAAGACGCCAGCCGUUUCCCACAGGGCAAGUAUCAAAGGCAUAAGUGUGCUAGGUAUGAUCUGUAUCUCGUUGCGCUUGAAACUCCACUAGCCGAGUACGAGAAAAUGUUCUCCGAGUCGGAGGAUACCGAUGCGGUUCUGGUUGUUGAAGAUAAGCGGCUUCACGUGAAUAAAGAGUUUCUGAGCCUUCACUCCACCUAUUUCGCUGAACUUUUCAAGAAAUCUGAGAUCACAAUUGAAGAUCUUAGCUAUGAAGAUUUUGGUCUUCUCAUGAGCAACAUCUACCCAAAAGUUAUCUUCCCAAAUGACUUCACUGCUGAAAAGAUUCUCGAAUUGGCUGUCCGCUUCAAAGUUCCAGCUGCAGUCGCACUUGUCGAAAAUCAACUACUGCACCAUUCAACUCUCUCACACGGAAAACUGUUGUUGCUCGCCGAUAAAUACGAGAUGCAUAGAUUAUCCGGCCAGCAAGUUCGUAAAAUUUACACAAAGGAAGUCGCCGAGAAGUUGAGAAGAUCUACUGAGUACUCAGAAUUGUCAAAUCGCGCCAGGGCAAGGAUCGGCGAAUGUCUUCUGCAGUUGUUCUAAUGUUUUCACGUUAACGAUGUUCUGUUUCAUACCUAUUUGCUUUCUAAGACUGAUGUUCGAUAAAAAUUGUCCAAGUUUUAA